UGACGUCACCCAGGUACAGCGACGGUUUUAGCAGUUUACAUUUUGGCGGCAUGUGUGAGGCAUUAUGUGGUGAAAGAUGGCAAACAGCGCGCUCUUACAUUUCUUCUUCGUGUCUGCAGUAUUUCACAAAGGUCUAAACUCUGUGAUUCAAACACAGACGACUGUGGCCGCAGCAGUGGGAGAGCAGGCCUGCUUAAACUGUCUGCUGAUUCAAACCAAAGAAGUUCAUCAAGUCACCUGGCAGAAGAUUCUACCUGAUGGAGAGAGGACCGUCGCCACUGACAACCUGCACUUCGGUCAAAGAGUGGACCCUUACUUUAGUGGUAAGGUGGAGUUUCGAGAUGCUGGACUGCAGAACAGCUCCAUCGUGAUCAGGGAUGUGACGGAGCAGGAUGAAGGCUGCUAUCGCUGCAUGUUUAACACCUACCCUGAUGGAGCUCUCAUUGCUACAAUCCGCCUGAACGUCUAUGAGCUGCAUGAACCCGUCCUACAUGUCAGAGAAUCAAACUCUUCUGAAGAGGUCGUUGUUUCCUGCUCGGCUACGGGUCGGCCCGCCCCCACUGUGACAAUAACACUCCCUCACCAAGACUUGAACUUCCACAACACUUCUGUCUCAGUCAGGAACAACAACAGUACAGUCACUGUCACUAAGACAGCUGUGCUCUCUCGUCGUCAUGGCAACAGCACACAGGUCGGGUGCACAGUGGGGGGCUCCUAUGGCGUUCACAAAGAGGUGUUUAAGAUGAUUCCUGAGGUCAAAAAGUCGCUCCCUGAUGAAAAGUCAGGAGCUAAUAGCAGCAGUCGUAGUAGAACUUUAAUCAUUAUAUCAGCUUUAACAACCUGUGUUAUCAUCACUGCAGUCAUCUUCCUCUGUUGUAGACACAAACAUCAGAACAGGUACUUCUAAUCAAUACUUAUGUGUAAGUUUUAAAAUCUAUAAAUGUUUGUCCUCCUCUAACUGUUCUUAAAUCCUUCAGUCUGUCACACGAGGUCCAUAUGAAUGAGAUACCAGGAACUACAGAUGAAGACCCUCAGAAGACCCAAGAGUCUCCACAGGAGAACGUACAGGUCCGACUUCGAUCAACUCCUGUGAAUAGUGAAGAGAGAACAAACACAAAUCCAACACCAGUUUCAUCCAGGAGACUGUUUGAGUGAUUGAUCAGAUGAACUCAGUUUUUUGAAUAACCGUGAAAAGCUGUGAUUCACAAAUUGAUGGAAGAGCCGUGUUUUAUUUAAUUCUGAUUUUUUAAGCUUCGAUAAGAAAAGUCUUUAAAAAAAACAUUUUGAUACCCUUCUCUGUUUACAUGAUUUUUAAAUCUGUUUAAUUUUUUAAAAUGUCAUUUUUAAAUCUGAAUGUUUGCCUUUGUGUGACUGACAAUGUACAUCAUCUUUGUGAGAGAUUUUUGCAUCUCUUUGAAUUAAAUUUUGACUUUUGUUAAU